GGCAGCGGGACUGUCUCGGAAGGCGGACCGACGGUCGCCUAGUACUCGCUCUCGGUUGCCCGCUGCUCUCUGCGCGAGUCAUCCUCAUUUGGGACGCAGUGGCUGUUUUGUUUUUUUAAAAAUCACAAGGGCGUGGGUCAGCCUCCCCUAGGACUUCAUGUCUGUAUAUUUCCCCAUUCACUGCCCUGACUAUCUGAGAUCUGCUGAAAUGACUGAGGUGAUGAUGAACACCCCAUCCAUGGAAGAGAUUGGCCUCAGCCCCCGGAAGGAUGGUCUUUCCUAUCAGAUCUUUCCCGACCCAUCAGACUUUGACCGCUGCUGCAAACUGAAGGACCGCCUGCCCUCCAUAGUGGUGGAACCCACAGAGGGGGAGGUGGAGAGCGGGGAGCUCCGGUGGCCCCCUGAGGAAUUCCUGGUCCAGGAGGAUGAGCAAGACAACUGCGAAGAGACAACGAAAGAAAAGAAGGAACAGUAGAGUCUCUGCAGGCUCACCUGGGUCGUGCCAGCCAGCAUACCUGAACUGUUUUUCCCAUGGUGAUGGAGGAAGAGAGUGAGCCACAAUCAUUCUGAAAAAUGUCAAAAGAGGCUUCCGUUUUGCACCUGAAAAUCACCGAGUCGGUUUUCUUUUCUUGUCUUUUUGUUUUGUUUUGUUUUGUUUUAAUUCGUUGAGCAAUGGAGCCCUCUGACAACUUGCAAGGCUGAGAAAGGAAGCUGCUGAGAACAGGGGUGUGGGUGGGGUUGUGGGGAAGGGGUGCUCUUCUAAGAUCCCUAUCUGAACUCUAGUGCCAGAGGCAGUGUGUAUGUGGCAGUAGUCGGGGCUCUGGCUAGGGGUGGGGUGUGAGCAAAUGAGCAAGAAAAAUUUGGGGUUAAAAACAAAAACAAAACAAACCCCACAUUUUUAAAGACAACUACAGCCAGGAAGUGCUUGCCAGCAUUUGUUGGGGCAUCUGACAACCAAGUUUUCAUCCCCAGCCUUGUUGCUCACCACCACCAGCCUUUGCUUUCAUUUCAAGUGUUGUGGCUACUACCCACAGAGAAACAGAACCAGGAGAAACUGCCUACAAAGCCAGCUGGAGGGCUACACAGUAAUAGGAGAGGUCACCUGUCCUGCCCAUGAACUCUGCCCCAACUGCUUCAGGCUCUCAGAGCCCCCAGGGACCUGGAGGCCUGUAAGGGAUAGUACUUUUGAGUUUUUCUCCCUGUUUACCCUUUUUACCUCCCAAUACAUUGGGGAAUAGCCAGAGCACUUCUGCCCUUGUGGGACAUUCGAGGCUGCAGCCUGAACAUGGAGAGCCUCCUUUUACUGCGGGUCUCCCAAGAGUCUCCAUGGAGAAGAGUGAUAGAGGGCUCAGCUCUUCCUUCUCCUUUGGCCACAGCAGUCAGGUGUACAGUCUCCAGCUUUGCUAUGGACUGUCACCCAUCUGAUCUGCAGCAGCAUCACUCCAGUGAGGUUCCCAGCCUGGCUCCUGUGGGAGCUAAUCACAGAGCAUGCUUUCUGGUUCGCUAGAUGGCUAGUGGGCCAGGAAUCUGGAUGGUGCCACGUGAAUAUGCUGAGGUUCUCGCUCGAUACCAGGUCUCCAGUGGAGUAGUUGUUACAGGGUCACUGCUACUCCCCGUAUUGCUCCUGAACACAGGUCAGGGGAUGACAUGGGGUGCACUGGGGUAUCCUUGUGGAAUAGCAGCCUUCAUUCCUUUCCCACCUCACCUGUUUCUGGCAAGGGCAACAGUUGCAUGAAGAAGUUAAGAUCUGGACUGAGCCUCUGAUCGUAGCUCAGAAACUUUUGCAAUAGCAGGUUAGAGGACAUUUUUCAGAGCAGGACGGUUUGGUCAAAAGGUGGACUUAAAGCCUUCCUUGUGCUUCCCUCAGCCAACUGAGGCACUCACAAUGUCUCCUCAUGUCUGUUAGUCCAGGUUAACCCUUCCCCCUUUGGACUAGUGUGUUUAGCUGUAUUUAAUACCUCAAAGUCAGUGUGGCUCUGGGGCACGUUGGGGCAAGAGCGUGGGGGUGCGCUGUUGACACGGCAUUCAGCAAGGUUUGGUUUUAGGAUGCCGAAGGUCAUCCCCCCACCCCCUGCAUCUUCCCUCUGUCGUCUGCCUGUGAUACACACCGAUGGCAAUAACUAUUUCUGGCUCCCUCAUAGAAGUAGGAGAGGGCUGCAGCCAACCCUGCCAUGGGGGAGCCCCUCUCUCUUGCUCUCGCUCUGCUGUUUGGCUACAGAGAUCUAUUCAUCCCACUCCCCUUCGCCCGCAGCAUUUCUCAUCCCUCACCUCCCUUUAUGGACAGGUGUCUGGCCUUUUAAAUUCCUGUGUUUUGGUGUUUUCUCACCCCUACCCCAAUUAUCUGUCUUGGUCUUGCCGUGUGAUGGAAAUGUGCUUGUAAAUCCAGUAUCAAAUUGGCUUUGUGUAUACGUGUCUUUAUGGGGUGGUUUCUUCUUUUGCUGGUCACUAGACCAUGUUGUACAACUGUGUACAGUCUGAGCAGGUGGGGGCUGACAGGUAAUGCCAGGCCCCUCAGCAGUUGAGCCUGUUGGGGGGACCCAGCUGCUCUUGGACAAGUGGCUGAGCUCCUAUCUGGCCUGCUCUUUCUCCUCCUCCUCCUUCUCCUCCUCCUCCUUCUCCUCCUCCUCCUUCUUCUUGUAAUCUGUGUGUAUUUCUAACUGAUCGUAUUGAAAGAAAAAAAUCCUAGUAUUUCAGUGACAUUGCCUGUUGUGAGAUGAACCUCCUGUGACUUCUGUCUGUUCUGUUUUGAGGCUCAGGGAGAAACUAGCAUUUUUUUUUUCCAAACUACUUUUUGUCACUGUGACAGUUGUAAAUAAAGUUUGAAAAUGCUUUCCA